AUGCACAGGAGCAUCAGAAGAGCCUUUUCCCGCCAGUUUGUAUCAAGUAGGCGGUAUGCGUCGCUGACCGCAACAAGCCAUCCUCAGCACUACGACGUGUGUGUCAUUGGCGGCGGUCAUGCUGGCUGCGAGGCCGCUGCAGGUGCCGCAAGAACCGGUGCUCGCACGCUACUUCUGACACAGAAGCUCGACACCAUCGGCGAACUGUCAUGCAAUCCGUCUAUGGGUGGUGUCGGUAAAGGCACCCUCAUGCGCGAAGUGGACGCGCUGGACGGAAUUUGCUCUCAAGUGACCGACGAAGCUGGAGCCCAGUUCAUGAUGCUGAAUCGCUCCAAAGGGCCUGCGGUCCAGAGUCCCAGGGCCCAGGUAGACCGGAAGCUAUACAAGAAGCACAUGCAAGCCGCCCUGUUUAACUAUCCAAACCUCGAUAUCCGCGCGGGCAGCGUCUUCGAUCUCGUGCUCAGCCAUCCCACUACGUCGUCGUCCGUGACUGACUUUCCUCGGUCAGAAGUACGCGGUGUGAAGCUCGAUACGGGCGACGUCAUCACCUGUUCUCAAGUGGUGAUCUGUACCGGGACGUUCUUGUCCGGCGAGAUCCACAUUGGCACGAGGCGUUUCCCUGCGGGACGCAUCAACGAAGCUCCAUCCAUUGGACUGUCUGCCUCGCUCGAUACUGCGGGCUUCAAGCUCGGUCGCCUUCAAACCGGGACCCCUGCGAGGCUUGCAAUGGAUUCGAUUGACUUCUCGAACCUGGUGGUCCAGCCUGGCGAUUCGGACCCACUGCCGUUCAGUUUCAUGAACGAUCGUGAGAACCAACUCAAUUGCUGGGAGACCGCCACAACGCCUGAAACUCACCAGAUUAUCCGUGAUAACAUCCACCAAUGCGUACAUAUCCAGGAAACUAAGCGAGGCAAGGACACAGUCCUAGGUUCUCGUUCCUAUUCUCACAUUUAUUUCGCAGGGCCUCGAUACUGUCCAUCUCUGGAGGCCAAAGUGAUGCGAUUCCCUCAGAAGGAGUCUCACAAGGUCUGGCUGGAGCCCGAGGGAUAUGACUCGGACCUGGUUUACCCCAAUGGAUUAUCGUGCAGCAUGCCCGAAGAGGUGCAAGAAGUGCUGUAUCGCUCAAUUCCAGGGCUCGAAAAAGUCAAGAUCGUGCGUCCAGCAUAUGGCGUAGAGUACGACCAUGUCGAUGCUCGGGAGCUCGGACCUACUCUGGAGACGAAACGCAUUAAGGGCCUGUUCCUUGCCGGACAAAUCAACGGCACUACCGGAUACGAAGAGGCUGCUGGACAGGGCGUCGUCGCAGGAAUCAACGCCGGACUUUCCGCGUUACAUCGCCCACCCCUCGUUCUCACCCGCGCAGACAGCUUUAUUGGUGUCAUGAUCGACGAUCUCAUCGUCAAGGGGGCGGAAGAGCCUUACCGAAUGUUCACGUCCCGCUCCGAAUACCGCAUCCUCCUCCGCAGCGACAACGCCGACCUGCGCUUAACUGAGAAGGGUCGCGCGGCGGGCGUGGUUGGUACCGCGCGCUGGACGCGCUUCGAGGCCACCCGUGCCGAACUCGCGCGCGUCACCGCUCUCGCCCGGUCGCGCUCUCUCACCCCCAAGGGCUGGAGCAACGUCGGGAUCCCCAAGAAACAAGACGGGGUGUUCACCAGCGUGUAUGCCAUUCUGCGGCACCCUCACUUCUCGCUCGAAUCUUUGUAUGCCGCUUUCCCGGAGUUCAAGGAUGUGAGCCCGCGCGUCAUCGAGCGCAUCAGGAUAGACGCAAUAUGCAGCAUCUUGGCCGACAGGCAGCAGGCCGACCUGAAAAGGUUCAUGGCGGACGAGGAGAUCGCGCUGGAUCCGGGAAUUGACUACGCGCGCGUCGAGGGCUUGAGCAGCGAAGUGCGCGAACGCCUCAUGCGUGUGCGCCCGACGAGCAUCGGCGCGGCGAAACGCAUGGAAGGCAUGACGCCGACCUCGCUGAUCUACCUUCUGCAGCACGCACGGAAGCAUCAGGCGUAUGGUCCGUAUGCUUCCAUGAACGUCAAUAGAGAUUCCUCUGCCACGGCAAAUGCGACUCGUUGA